AACAAGGCAUGCGCUCUCGUGAAUCUACAUGCCUUGGCGACAUGCAUUCACGCCAUGGUGAAACAUUGGAGAUGCAGGCGCCCUAUAUGGCUGCUGGCAGCCUUGCUGAGCUUGAGAGGAGCGCUUCCUCCGGCACCGCCCCUUUUCGCAUUCUCUCCUGGAAUGAACAAGUUGAAUGACUUAGCUGAGAAAGGAGAUGUGGAUGGGGCCUUGCAUCAGUUGCGAAGGGUACUGGCAGAGCUGCCAAGCGGACACAGGCCAACAGUCCAAAUGCGGACUGCCUUCAACACUGGAAUCAAAGCCUGCGCCAAUGCUGGGAAUUUGAAACAGGCGGAGCGGCUCUUUGCGGAGAUGCUCCAGCACCGGGUGGCGCCGAAUUUGAAGGGCUUGGGAAAGAUGAUGGAAGCUGCAGCUAAAGUGGGCAACCUCUCUGGCGCAGAGCAUUGGUUCAGGCAGCACGAGCGCUAUGGCCUUGCCCACGAGAGUGACGAAAUCGCGCGAGGUCAACUCAUCCAAGCGGCAGCCAAGGCACAGGACCUGAAGGCGGCCGAGGAGUGGUUCCAGGAACUGCUUCAGAAAGGUUUGCAGCCCAGUGCCUGGACCCUCGCGGCACUCUUGGAGGCUUGUGCGCGCGUGGGAGAUGUGGGCAAGGCGAAGUCUUUGGUUGCCAAGUGCACAGCUUUGGGCAUUCGCACUACAGAUCUUCACGAGUUCCUUUUGCGGAAGGUCUACGUCAAGAACAAUGAUCUGGAUUCUGCUGAGGAACAGUUUCGUCAGAUUUCCGCGCCGGAUCUCAAGGACUACGCCAUGGUCAUCGACGCCGCCGCACGCUGUGGGAACCUCACCGCUGCAGAGCAGUGGUUCCGAAGGGCUCAGGCGGGCGCCAAAGCCGAAGGUCGCACUGUGGUGGGAGAUGAGCCGAUGUUUGUCACCCUGAUGUUUGCAGCCGCGCGCGCCGCCGAGUUGCAGCGCUGCGAGGAGUGGUUCCAGCAAGCGCAGAAGGCCAGGCUGAGACCCAGCAGUGCCAUGUACACCGCGCUGGUGACCGCAGCUGCGGAGGCGCUUGACACCUCUGCAGCGCAGCGCUGGCUGCAAGCUUGUCCCCGGCCCUGGCCACCGGAGGUUCUGAACACCGCGCUGCGGGCGGCGGGGCUGGUGGGCGACGAGGCGCUGGCGGAGGCUUGGGCGAAGCAAGGCAUGAAAGAUGGGAUGCGCUUGGACAGCUACUCCUACCGUGCUUUGCUGACGGGCGCCGCCCGCAGUCAGGAUACCAAGGGGGCCCAAAGGUGGUUCCAGAAAGCGCUCCAGGAAGGGGAGGUGGAGGUCAAUACUUGCAAUGCUGCGAUUCAGGCAGCUGCCCGUGCAGGCGAUGUCCCUUUGGCCAAAGAGAUGCUGAAGACCAUGAACCAGUUAGUGGUUCAACCAGAUGCGGUGAGCUACCAGGGCUUGCUGACCUCUGCAUCGAACGCAUGCGACUUGGCCGCCUGCGAGGCCUUCGUGGCCCAAGCCUCGGCCAGCGGCGUGCCCGUGCGCUAUGCGCCGGUGAUCAGCUGCGCGGCGAAGGUUCAAGGCCUCAAGGAAGCAGAGCGUUGGUUUCAGGAGGCGCUUCAUAGCGAUUCAGUUGACCUGUUUGCCCUCAACGCAAUGGUCGCCGCAGCCGCGCGGGUGGGGCAACUGGAGCUGGCGGAGCGGUAUUUGCAUCUGGCGCGGGAGAUGGGCGAGGAACCUGACAUUGUUACCUACACCAGCCUCAUCAGUGCAGCCACCACGAAGGGCGACCUCCAGGCUGCUCGAAAGUAUGUGGAAGAAGCCACAACGCAAGGACUCAAACUGGACAUGGUCAUCAUGAACACCAUCAUCUCCGCCGCCGCCCGUGCGGGUGACCUGCGCUUGGCCAACCAGGUGCUCCGGCAGGCGCUCCAGCUGGGUCUGAGGCCCAGCACGGUGACUUUUGGUGCUUUGAUUUCCGCUGCUUUGCGAGCAGACGACUUGAAAGAAGCGGAGAGUUGGCUCGAGAGCUGCCGCGAAGAAGGGCUACAACCAGGUGCACCAAUGAUGACACCGUUUAUUUCCUACGCAGCGCGGCAGAAGGACCUUGCGAUGGCAGAGUCGUGGUUUCACAGAAUGCUGGCGGAGCGCAUCAGUCCCGAUGUCGUCACAUAUGGCAGUAUGAUUUCUGUGGCCAACAAGCUGGGACAAGCAGACGCGGCUGAUGGAUGGCUCCAACGGGCCAUCAAGGAGAAGGUGGCUCCGAACAAGAUUUGCUUUGGGAUGGUCAUCAGUGCUCUUGCCACGGCCAGUUCCAUUGAUGCUGCCACGCAGCGGCUGGAUGACAUGGUGGGGAAUGGUUUUCCCGCCGAAGCCAGAGAAGUCAACGCAGUGCUCAAGGCAUGUGCUAGGGCGUCUUCAUCUCGAGCUGGGGCCGCAAAGAUCUUGGAUCGCAUCGUGUCGUGGCGAGUGCACCCAGACACCAUGACGAAGAAGUACCUGGAGCGUUCCAUGGGAGCAGAUGCACUGGAGCGUGCGGCUCUAGAGCAUGAUCUCCACUUUAGGCAAUUUUCUGAGAGUACUGAAGCCAGGGAGCCCAAAGUUCGGCCCCGUGCGCACACACUGAAGCCUGCAGUUCAGCGGCAGAAGAAGCCCAACGCCAAAGGGCAAAGUCGGAUUUACAUCAGGAAUCCCUGAGCAGUGGCACCCACGUUGCUGUGGCAGCUUGGUGACUUUCUAGUGAAGACUCAAAGUCAAAGUCCCAAAAGGACCAACAGGGUGGAGCAAUCCUUCCAGGCGGUCAC